AUGAAUGUACUCGUGUUAUCGUUGCUCUUCAUCGCCACAUAUAUUACACCACUGAUCACAGCCUUCGACUCCACAGAAAUCAAGUUUUUGGAUUGGCCUAAUGGUAGGGAUUACAUGUCUAUCUCACAAGGGAGUUAUACCAAAAACGGAGCUCGACUUUUGAAUUUAUUUGGGACAAAGGCAAUUAUGGCACAGCGAUGUUAGCACAUCCCACUUGUGAAUGCAAGAUCUUGUCUAUCGUAAACUAAUCCUUUCCUUCAAUUUCAGCUCCAGUUAUAAACACCCGUUCUUUCCAAGCACCCAAGGAGCCAUACGAAGCGCCAUUAACCCGCUGGCGUAAGAGUGGAUUACAAAGGAUCGCUCGAGUGGUCAGUUUGAUGACUUCUUUAUCACGACGACCCCUUCUUUCCACAUUUAUAUUGAUUUUUAGGCUUUGAUUUUACUGGGUUUGAAGGGGUUCUAUUAAAAACGAUAGAGAAAAAAAUCAUCUAUGAUAUAAAUCUGCAUUCAAAACUCCCAAAUAACUUCUCAUCAAACAGAAGACGUCCGUAGACAUGUAAACAGAUACAGUCGUCCGAGACUUUAAUCAGAAUUUUUAUUUUUUAAUGGUCACGGACAACACUGUCUGCUCCAACUAGCGCUGAAAGCGAUACUUCCGUUAGAGGCGCCAAUGCAGCGUAGGCUAGGUUAUUACACAAUGGAUUCUUCAACAUUGUGGUGUAACAAACAAACUACAAGUCAUGGAUAUAAAAGCGGGGUACACUAAUUUUGGCGAAAGCGAGUUAUUUUAGAGUCAUUGAAACUCUUAGCUCACGGUUCCAAAAUAAUCGAACUUUUGGCGAGAGAUCACGCAAAAUGUAGAGAAUUCUCUGACGAAUAACGGGUUUCUUCAAUGCCUCUUUCGCUCCUGCGCGAAAAAAUAGGAUUUUCAAAAGACAAAUUGCACGGUAAACCCGUAAUUUACCUUUGAAAUUCUAUAUCGAAAGUACAUACCAAAAAAGUGCCCAUUUUUUAAAUAACUUCCGGCCAAGAAAAUCUCGAUGGUUUCUGGAAAAUGCAAGCUAUUUUUUCCAUACCUCAUUGAAAAUCAUUCCAUAAAUUUUUCCCAAAAUUUCUAGGUGAAAAUGUUAGCUGAAAAAUUACAGUAAUCCUAAAGUCAUCAUUUUUACCUAGGCUUUCUCUAGACACGUUAUCAUUGCAUGAAAAUUUAAUAGACUGAAAUAUUGGUUUUCCGACUUUCAGGACGUCCUCUCCAACCCCUUGAUCCGAUUCGGCAAACGCUCCCCCCGAACUCCCGACCUCAAAUCCCCAUUGGUCCGAUUCGGCCGAUCCGCCCAAGCCGAAGACCCUCAAAUGUGGUUAUAUCUGAAUCGAUUCUAA